CAUUCCGCCACGUAAUCUGGUGCGGAAUAGUGGAACGGUGUAAAAAAACACACACACGAAAGGUAACCGACGCGGUUGUAAACAGCAACGGAUCGUAAAUAAACCAUUCGCCGGUCAUCGCGGACAGGAGAGCAACCGUAAAAUGUGCUCAUUUUUACAUUUGCUCAACCGGCACAUGUCCGGCGAGGUUGAAUUAAUAAUCUGGCUUCCCAUACGGACACACCUUUAGCGUUGGUGGACAGGUAUUAAUAUUUUUCAAGAUCAGAUUUGGUCUCCGUAGCGUUUUUUUUUCAUGCCGCUUUCGUACGAUCGUCGAACGUCGGUCAACGGGUGAAAAUGGUGCACGGUAGAAACUGUUGGUGAAAAAUUUAAAGCUAUGAGUAAUGCAGAAUCAUUCGUAUUUUUUGGAGGCCAUUUUACACACAGCAAAUUUGCUAACCUAACGAUUUAGUAAGAUGCGAUUGAUAUUACGCUUUCGUCAGCUCUGUUAAAUCACAAAUCGUUGUUUAUCCUUUUUGCAGUGAUAACAUUAACCGUUUAUGAAAAAGGAAAUCAUUUCUAAUUAAUCUAAAUUUACUCUCAAAGCAGUAUUUAGUUAAUUUAAAAGUGAAUUAAAUAUAAAGUACAGCUGCUUUCCCGCGCAAACCAAUGAUUUUUCAAAACAUAUCCUUGACAUCUGGUGGUGAAUGCGUAAUGCGUAACGUGUAACGCAAUAUAACCGUCAAAAAAGAUUCGUUUUUUGAGAGUUUCAAUUUUCUCGUUUGACGUUUAUACCGAAGUUUGUGCAGUCGCAGUAAACCCUGAUUCCACGGGUAAAUAUCAUAAGUAGGCUGCACAUAUCUUCCAUCCCAAUUCAUUUCCCAUUUCACUUCGGAGCUUCUCAGCGGCGCAAUGCAUAUUACGAAGCAAGAGCGCAUCGCCAUCUAUAAGAUGCUGUUUAAUGAUGGUGUGAUGGUAGCCGUAAAAUCGCGCAAACCGGAAAUGCAUUGCGAGCUGAAGACGAUACCGAAUAUCCACGUCAUCCUCACAAUGAAGUCACUUGUUUCGAAGCAGUACGUGAAGGAGAAUUAUUGCUGGAACCAUUUUUACUGGACCCUGAACAACGAAGGUAUUAUCUAUCUGCGUGGAUAUUUACACCUUCCGUCCCAGUUGGUUCCAUCGACAUUAAUUAAUCACCGCCGAGAAGUGCCGAAAGUUGUGGGCAACGCUGGAACGGAUCGCUGCUUCCCCAGCAAUCCACGUACCGAAGACGACCGUCGAGUUUACCGUCGUCUGGAAGGUCAGGUCGGAUCUGCCAAAAAGCUGGAUGAUACCGGCGCUGGGACAAACGAUCUUGUAUUCCGCGGAGGAUUUGGGCGAGGAAGCCAAACUAAUGAAAAUUAAGCUUUAACAUCAAGUACAACUCAUAGCAACUCGGGUCUGAAGAGUUAAUAAACGUGUACUGUGCGUGAAACAUUAAAA